CAUAUAUCUACAGAAACUUCCGCCCAAAGCUCAGUACAGCGGAGGCUUCUUGUCGAAAAAAGAAGCAAACGUAAAAAAAUGAAAAAGAUUAGUGUUUUUGUCGCAGUGUUUGUUUUUCUUGUUGUUUUCCUGGAGUUUACGGAUGCUUGGAAGGGUAAUUUUCAAAAAGUAAGAAAAAGCAGGAGAUACUGGGUGUCAUACUGUACUUGCUGGUACAGAUGGUGGGGAUGCUCGUUUUGGAGGGGAUACUGGCGGACUACUUACUAUACUCAAUACAUGUGCCAACCAGGAUGGAGUCACAACGGAGACCAAAACUGUAUCAUACCUAUCUGUCGCCCGUCAUGCCAGAAUGGUGGAAGUUGUACACUGCCCAACCAAUGUACAUGUCCAUCUUGGUCUCAGGGAGAGGGUUGCGCUUCAUUGACGUGUUCUUAGAGACGGCCUUGUUAUCCUGGAAACUGCACAGGGGGUACCGAUUGUACAUGUGAACCUGGCUUCAGGAGUCAGAAUGUCGACGAUGGUUGUAUAAUAUUUGAUUCUACACGUGAAGAACUACGCCCAAAUGUCGGCAGGAGUAACGUGACAUUGUCUCAUAUCAGAAGAACUGAUGAUAAAGUUGAUUUUAUGUUCAUAUUAGAGGGUCUGGAGGAAGAAAAGCCCGGUCAACUGGAAAUUAUUUGGAGCAAUCAAAAGAGAUUUAACAAUCUACGUUUUGAAUAUGAAACAUUCUUCGAUCCUCCUGAAGGCCUCCCCAAAAGGCCAAAAUAUGUUCAUGAGUCGGAAAUUGGAAUUGUAGAGAGUAUAAUUGAGGCAAAUGUCAGCAAAGUUGCCAGAAACAAAGGUCCGAUUAGAGACGAAGGAUCAUUUAAAGCCUACAAAUGUGAGGGUGGUUUCUCAAAGGACAAUCCAGAAACUGAGCUGGCAACCUGUAUAAUAGACGAUGAUCAGUUCAAGACACUGAUUGAACAUGGAGAUUGGUUGAACGUUAAAUUCAAGUCAUCAUCUGGAGGAUUUCAGCAAUUAGUCAAUAUUGACGAUCAGAGUAAGAAUUAUGCUCGCAAACAUUAUGUGGGAUUACAAGAUAUAAGAGAGGUACAGUUCAACUUCGACUUCAUUGCACCUAAACACUGCACGGAAAUACAACCAUGCACUUCCUCAGAUCCAUCUAUACUUCGAAUAAAGAACGAAUUCACAAAAGAUCCAAUAGAAAUGUAUUGGUCUGGAUGGACGGAUGAGCUUUCAGGCAUUUGGGAAUAUUACGUAGAAGUUUUCAAACUGGCUCCAAAUAUUUACAACAAUUUGGUUGAAGCAGAACCAUUAAAACCUGUUUAUAGUGUCACCAUACCACACAACCGUGGUAACAUUAGUUAUCCAACAUUUAGACCAAAGGAGCCCGGCAUGUACUCCGUGUUAGUGGAAACUAGAGAUGUUGCAAACAACUCAAGAAUAGCUAGAAGGCUCGUUUUGUUCGAUGACAAGUCUGACAUAACCCUCAACACAAGGCCAGAUGGAAAGCUGUAUGUAAGUUCGGCUGUUGCAGAAACCGGAUACAGGUGGCAAACAUCUGAUUUAAAUGGUGACACUGAUGAUAUAGAAAUCGAUGUUGAUUGGUCAAAUCACUUCAUCAAUACAAUAAUAGAAGACAAUAAGUUAUUAUAUCCAGUUGACCCUUAUCCGACUCAAUUUAAAGAAAUCCAAGACGAUGGCGUACUUUAUAGUCAAAAAUAUGUGAAUGAUUCCCUGGACGACCAUGAAGGAAAGAGACAACGAGAUGCCAUUAAAAACUUUCAUGGAGUUGUUAAAUUUGAGUGGGCAAAAGAAUUGACCUUAGAUGAAAAGGAACCACAGAUUGGUUGGUCACUAGUGGAGCCAUUUAAAGAACACACAACACUGCAUUUAAAGCUUGCUGAUGGAAGCCGAGUUCGUGUUUGGGUCCGGGCAACAGACAUUAUGGGCAAUGUGAAAUCUGAUAGUACAGUUGUUACUUUCGAUAAAACGCCACCACUCAUAUCCACUCAAAGCGGAGAUGAUCAUAAAUUUGAACCAAACAUAGAAAAAUCAAAGUAUAAUUACACAUCGAGGGCUGAUUUCACUGCAGCAGACGCUGAAAGUGGAGUUCAUAAAAUUGGAUUUUCUAUCAUAGUCAAAACUGGUAAUCAACAGCCUAGAAAAACAUAUGAAGGUUUUAUACCAGCGGCCAUGUCUGAUAACAUGAAUGAUCCUCUGUGUGAUAUCGUAGAAAACAUGUGUUUCAUACCAAAGCAGACCUUGUACUUGGACAACUGUUGGUUUUUGGUCAGUAAGAGUGAUCUAGAUAGUAGUACAGCUUCUGUUGAAGUUACCGCAUAUAACCAAGCGCUGCUCUCCAGAUCCACGAUGUUUGAUGUCGGUGCAGUGAACAAACUUCAAGGGCUUGAAAAAUAUAGCGGCCCUGAAAACAUACGCAUAGAAUCCCCUACUUCGUCAGGAUUUCGGGUCGCUUGGGAUCUUCCAGAGAAAACUUCCUGUUAUGGCAGAGCUGAAAUUGUUUUGGUACUUCUUAGAAAGAAAGCCAACGAGGAAAUCAAACUCCAGACAUUUUAUGCUCCUGGAACAGCAAAAUUCUUCGAUAUACUUGGUCUGGAUGCUGUCACCGAAUACCUCAUUAAUUUCGAAUUGAAAAUGCCAAACGCCUCUAGUGUGCAGUCAACAGGUGUAUCAUUAAAAGUAAAAACACCUGCACCGGAUGCCGGCGACACUGGAAGCAGUACCGGAGUUAUUGUAGGAGUUACUCUUUCCAUGUUGGCGCUCAUUGUUAUUGUUGUGAUAAUAAUGGUGCUCCUGGUUCGACGGGGCUAUAUACACCCUGCUCAAAAGGCAGAGAGUGUAAGAAGAGCUGUCAGCAGAAAAGUUAGAAAAACAGUGUACGGGGAUCUAGAUGGUCCGAGACAAGGCGGUUCACGUUCACGAAAUGUAGCAUAUGACAAUCGACAGAGCGAAUUAUACAUCUAUGGUGGAAUGGACAUGGGAACGCCACAAAUUUGGCAUAUUAACAGAGAUGACGUCAUAUUUGAAACUUUAAUCAAAAGUGGUCAUUUUGCCAACAUAUAUAAAGCCAAACUUAAAACAGGAAGAGGUUCAGGGGAUGUUGUUGUAGCAAAAACUUUGAAAGAAAGGUUUACCUCUGAAGACGAGUUAUUAAUGAAGGCUAAGAUAAAUUUUGCUGGUACAAAACUGGAAAAACAUCCUAAUGUCCUAACGUUUAUUGGUGCUGUUGUACAUGAUGAUGCAAUGGGACCAUUUAUCAUUUUGGAAUACUGUGAGAAAGGAACAUUGAGGGAUUAUUUAGUUGAGCGUAAGAACAACAUUACCAUGGAUUUACAAGAAAAUCUAUUCAGAUUUGGUCUUGAUAUUGCAAAAGGAAUGGAAUAUCUUGCUGGAAAAGGGAUUGUACAUCGACGUUUGGCUGCUAGAAACAUUCUCGUGACAUGCCUGAAUGAGGUUAAAAUUGCUGGAUUUGGACCACAACCUUCGGAGGAAAAUGGUGGUGAUGCGGAGAAAGGGAAAAGGGAGCGCAUACCAAUCAAGUGGGUAGCACCAGAAUGCAUGGAAUCAACCCAUGACGCAACAGAGAAAAGCGAUGUUUGGUCUUAUGCUGUCGUGUUGUGGGAAAUAUUCUCUCUUGGUGACACGCCUUACACUGGAAAAGGAACUGACCUUCCGAAACGACUUAAGAGAGGAGAACGUUUGGCCAAACCGGAACAAUGUGAUGACACUUGGUAUGCGACCAUGAAGAAGUGUUGGUCCUACGAAGCUAGCAAGAGACCAACAUUUUUCGACAUUAGACAAGAACUAGAUAACCUUUUCGUGGCGGCACCUGGUGACGACUACUACUUUUACAAGAAAUAAUCAUGCUGUACAAGUGACAGAAGAAGAAGGCAGCUGUUUACUGGAUCAAUUACAGUUAAAUUAGCAAUUUUCUAAUGACUUUUGAAGAAUUCAUUUAAUGUUCAUUUUUUUGUUCUGGUAAUAUACCUGUUUUAAGGCGGGUGUCAAUAUUGUAUGGGCAUGUUCCAAAAAAAGUGAAAAAAAAAAAUAGACAGAUAAUUAAAUUUGACCAACACUAAUUUCAAUAAUUUCAACAAAUAUAUAACAGAACUCUUUAUAUAUUUAUAAUGUCAUGCAUCGCAUGGACAAGUGUUGAUGACAAUAUAACAUGUGAAGUUUAGAAUUUUCUUAUUAAGUAUUAUCAAAAGUAGUUUCCUUUUGACUGAACUUAAGCAGUUACUGAUUAUUUUAAGCAAAAUGGCAUUCAGCCAUAGGAAAUAAUAUCGUGAUAAACAAAUUUUUAUAGUUAUAUCAAAACAGACUUUUGUCUGGGACCAUAUGUAAGAAAUAUUAAUUGCAAAGGUAUACGUAUGAAUAUUUGUAGAAUUUGAAUAUCUGUCCAUAACUUAAGGAUUGAAUCCGGAAGAUAGGACAUAAUAGAAUACAAAGAAAUGAAAGAUUAUAUUUGCCAAUCAAGUAACUUAACUGAAGAAAUUGAAGAUGAAUAUCAUUUCAUUUUAGUUUUUCAUGUUAUCAAGAUAUUCGAAGAAGAUCUAUCAAGCGUAAUUUUACUAUAUUAGAUCUUCUAUGAUUCCUAACAAUCAGAAAAUAAAACUAGGAAAAUAUAUAGAUGUAGCCAAUAAAAAGAGACAAGAACUGUCACUACCAGUACAUAAUGCGCUUUUUAAUGUAAUUAGGUACAAAUUACUAUGCAUAUUUUUAAAACUAUACUUUGACGCCGUUGUAUUUGUACAUCCCUUUUUUGUUGUUGUUUUUUUAUUUCCUAGAACUCUUCAUUUCUAUGAAUGUUAUUGAUGUAGCGAUGAUCUUUUCUUUUUCACUUUAUUGCAAAUGUCUGAUUUCCGUUUGAAACAAAUUUUCUAGAGUGUCAUGAGUUAAACCUUUAAUAUCCUUCUUUUUAUCAUUUUUGUUUUCUUUGCUUUUGUCAUGUGACCACAGAAUUAUUGUAUUAAAUACUGUAUGUAAUGAGUUGUUGUAAAUGUAUAAGAUAACGAAAUAAACUAUUUCUUUUC